CGGGGCAGGAGGCAACCACUCCCUGCCCGCGUGGCGAUCGCCGGGAAGCAGCUAGCCCCGGACCGGUGCGUCGGCCGGGAGUCCCUAGGAGCCCGGCCGUGGGGCGCGGGGCGGAGCGGGGGUGGGGCUCGGACCCGGAUCUCUCUAGACCUGGGGCAUCCGCGACCGCGGCGUGGCCCAUACACCUCCGCGCGGUUUCUGGCGGGUUAAGAGGGGAAGCCGCUGCCUUUCUCAGGCGUCGCCACCCCGCCUUCUCCAGGCUCGAGUUCAGCCUACAAGUUGCAGCCGCCGGAAAGUCUACCCUCCGAAGAAGAGCAUCUGCCCUCUGGACAUAGUUCUCCUGUGGGUGGUGGGACUUGUUGAGGGCCGCAGAGGCUCCGGGGACUGACCCAACCUGCGGGGAGAGGCCUGGAGAGGGCCAGAGGACCUCUCAGAGCUCGGGCCGCUGUCGGGGCUUUUGCCAGGCAGGGGCGCUGAUCUGGGCUCCUAGAUUCCGUGGACCCUGCGAGUGCCCGCGUUGAUUUCGCUCGCUCUUCCCUCAUCCGCCAGGUGACCCAAGCGAUCUCUACUGUGCACACUUCUGAUUCUGUUUCUCAAGAUUACCCUCUCCGUCCCGGAAAGGCUGGCGCGAACUGCAGGUGCCAGGCUGUAGCCCCGACGACCUGUGGUCUCUGCGGAGAGCUGCAUUUGGAGAGAAGGGCUGGUAUCCGAGCUGCCUUCUAUCCAGGUGGCCUCCAUGCUCCUGUCAUGUUUAACAGGACUAGCGGCUGGAAUAGUCUUCCUGCAUUUCUUGCAGAAACUCCUGUUUCCUUACUUCUGGGACGAUUUCUGGUUCCUGCUGAAGGUGGUACGCUAUGGAAUUCGGCUGGAGAAGUACGUCCUGAAAGGGGAGCUGUUCACAGUCCUGGAUAAAUUCCUGAGUCUUGCCAAGAAGCAGCCCCAGAAACCUUUCAUCAUCUAUGAGGGGGACAUCCACACCUAUCAGGAUGUAGACAAAAGGAGUAGCAGAGUGGCCCACGUCUUCCUGAACCAUUCCACGCUGAAAAGGGGGGACACUGUGGCUCUUCUGAUGAGCAAUGAGCCUGACUUCGUCCACGUGUGGUUCGGCUUGGCCAAGCUGGGCUGCGUGGUGGCCUUCCUCAAUUCCAACAUUCGCUCCAACUGCCUGCUGCACUGUAUCCGCAGCUGUGAGCCCCGGGCCCUCGUGGUAGGCGCAGAUCUGCUUGAAACUGUAGAAGAAAUCCUUCCAAGCCUCCCAGAAGGUAUCACCGUUUGGGGAAUGAGCGAUUCUGUUCCACAGGGCAUAACUUCACUCAAAGAAAAACUAAGCACGGCAUCUGACAGGCCCGUGCCCCGCAGCUACCAUGUGGCUUCAAGUCUCAAGUCUCCUCAUCUUUAUAUUUUUACAUCCGGAACUACAGGUCUACCAAAAGCAGCUGUAAUCAGUCAGCUGCAGUCUUUAAAGGGUUCUGCUGGCUUGUGGGGUUUUGGUUCUACUGCUAAUGACAUCAUUUAUAUAACUCUUCCUCUGUAUCAUAGUUCAGGAUCUCUUGUGGGAAUUGGUGGAUGUGUUGAGUUGGGAGCUACUUGUGUGUUGAAGAAGAAAUUCUCAGCAAGUCAAUUUUGGAAUGACUGCAGAAAGUAUAAUGUGACUGUGUUUCUAUAUAUUGGAGAACUUUGUCGCUAUCUUUGCAAACAACCUAAGAGAGAAGGAGAAAAAGAUCAUCAAGUGCGUUUGGCAGUUGGAAAUGGUGUACGGAGUGAUGUAUGGAGGGAAUUUUUAGACAGAUUUGGAAAUAUUAAGAUGUGUGAGCUUUAUGGAGCUACUGAAGGAAACAUUAGUUUCAUGAAUUACACUGGAAAAAUAGGAUCCGUUGGGAGAACAAAUUUCUUUCACAAACUUCUUUUCAGUUAUGACUUGCUAAAGUAUGAUUUUCAGAAAGAUGAACCCAUUAGAAAUGAACAGGGCUGGUGUACUCAUGUGAAGAAAGGAGAACCUGGGCUGCUCAUUUGUCGAGUGAAUAAGAAGAAUCCCUUCUUUGGUUAUGCCGGGAGUAAGAAACACACAGAGAAGAAACUGCUUUGUGAUGUUUUUAAGAAGGGAGAUGUUUACUUUAACACAGGAGACUUAAUGGUGCAAGAUCAGGACAAUUUCUUUUAUUUCUGGGACCGUAUUGGCGACACUUUCAGGUGGAAAGGAGAAAAUGUUGCCACCACAGAGGUUGCUGACGUUAUUGGAAUGUUGGAUUUCAUACAGGAGACAAACGUCUAUGGGGUGACAGUGCCAGAUUAUGAAGGAAAAGCAGGAAUGGCUUCUAUUACUUUAAAACCAAAUAAGUCUCUGGACUUGGAGAAGGUUUAUGAACAAGUUGUAACAUUCUUACCAGCUUAUGCCUGCCCACGAUUUUUAAGAAUUCAGGAGAAGAUGGAAACAACAGGGACAUUCAAACUACAGAAGUUUCAAUUGAUGGAAGAAGGAUUUAGUCCAUUGAAAAUUUCUGACCCACUUUAUUUCAUGGAUAACUUGAAAAAAUCUUAUGUUCCACUGACCAAAGAACUUUAUGAUCAAAUAGUGUUAGGGAAGGUCAAACUUUAAGAAUUUUUACACAUGGGAUUUUCAUGUUUUCUUAGGAGAAGUGAGAGGAAAGUGUCUGAUUCUUUAACAUGAUAUGGGAGGAGGGAAUGGAUAUUAACAUAUGCUGUGUUUUCUUAAUAUGCAACAACUUUUUUCUAAGUAGGAGCUUUCAUUUGUUUUAGACCAUAACAAACUUUAGUUGAUUAUUUGUUUUAUCUAUCUGGGGGUUCACUGCAUAACUAAAUAUUUGCUUCAGUCAUAAAGAUUCUAAAUAAUCAGUAGUUAAAAAUUUAGAAACUUACUACAAAUGUACUUUUUACUAUUUAAAGUUUCUAGUUUUGAGUAAAUGGUUAAAUUUUGCUCAAAUGUUUUAUUCUUAUGCCCCUGCCCUAUAACUCAAUAAAAUCAUCUU